CAGCAGCAGCAGCAGCAGCGGCGGCAUGGUGGGUGCCUUCACGACACUCACACUGUAAUAUACAUCUACUAACACAGCUAACACAAAGCAACAUCAUAUCUCCAAGUACACGAUUAACUUUCAUUCAUUGCAGGAGGUUAAUAUGAGGGGCGAGGGCAGUUGAUAAGAGAGUGACUUCAUUACAGUAGAAGAGGAGAGUGAGGAUGUUGAAGGCUUUCGGUAUAUCCAGUAAACGUGGAGAAAGCAAAGAUGGACAGAACUAUGUGUAUGUGUUCCGUGAUGACCUGUACUGGGUAUGUGUGGUGGGCAAGGGUGGCCUGCUGCACCAGUGUGGGCAUCUCCUGAUAACGGAGAGUUUGUGCCAGCUACACCGUGUGUGUUCUGUCCUGUGUGGGGCUCUAACUCAGCACAGCAUCACAGCCAAUGCACCACUCAUCACUGAAGUGGUGCAUGAAACAAUGAAUGGUGGGUUUAUGCAGCUACAAACAGCAGAUAAGCUACAGUCUCAUAUUUACAGUACUGUUGUGUCAGCCAAGGAAAGUUGUGCUCUUAUUGCUGCUCCAGGACUGUUUGGGUUGGAGAAGUCUGCCCCUGGGAUAGCCUCACAGCAGUCAGUCCUUGCUGUGGACACUGGCAAGAGAGAGUUAUAUGUGGAUGUUGUGGAGAAAGUGUGGGCAUCUGUGGCAUCUGGAGGCACUGUGAUACGAGCCGAGGUAACAGGUUCUAUCCUGGCUCGCUGCUUCUUGCUAGGCAACCCAACUCUUACACUUACUCUUAAUACAAGACUCAUAACUACUCCACAAGAAGGUUUUAACACUGCAACACGAAUGUCUGACGUUGAAUUUGGAAGCAAUGUGGAAGUAAGUGACAGGGAAGGUGGUCGCCAGUUAAGUGUCGUGACUCUGCCAGGACAAGAAAUGACUGUUGUGCGCUACACCCUGGCCCCAGACCACCCCCAUCUACUGCCGUUUACCGUCACUGCUUCCUAUCACUCUCUUACUCCAAGUGAUGCAGAGUUACGGUUGAAGCUAACAAGCAACACAGGAAUGGGCACUGUAGCGCCACAGGUGACCUUUCGAACAGUUGCACCUCCCACCACGGCUGCUGUAAUGUCGAGGACUUCAGGACCACGGGAUCAAACUGUGCACUUCUCGCCUGACAAUAAGGCCAUCACUUGGGCUAUCUCUCAGUUUCCAGGAGGCAGCUAUGCACAAGCAUUUAUUCGGUUAGUUGAUUCUGGAGGUAAUGCAAUUGUGGAAUCUGGAGAAUUGGAGUUUGAGGUGUCACGAUGGGUGUGCUCUGGAUUGAGAGUAGAAAGUGUUAAACUGAAUCCCCCAGCCAGCAACCUUAACAAGUGGGUACGUUACCUCACGACCUCUGACAGUGUCAGCGUCCGCUUGACCUGAUGUUCCUGUGAGGUGUGUACCUUGCAGUUGUGUGCUCUCGUGUUACCUCCAUGCUUUAAUACUGUGUCAUAUAAUUUUUGUUAUAAUAAAAUAAAAUAGCCUUGUGUUUA